CUGAAUGGAUCUGCAUAAAUUGAUGACGGUGAGAGAGAGCCCACACAGUCCCACACUCACAUAAUUUAUUAGGAGUAAUAAUAUAUAUCACCGUCUUGCUCUUCAAAGAACUAGACUACAUAUCAAUUUCAAUUUCUUUCUGUUUCUUUUAGCUCUUAUCUAAAAAUCAAAUCAUGUCAUGUAUGUAACUUAACAGACCCUGCCAGACUCGUUGAUUCAUCAGGUUAAUAUUCAGAAAUAAGUUAUUCAGAUCUCGUUGAUUGCUGUAGUUAUGGGGCAUAGACAUGAAGUUAAUACAUCUCAAAUGUUUGAAACUGAUAGUAAUCAUGGCUGGCAAUAUACAGAUGAUUCUUAUGCGCACUUCGCUUUGGCUGGUGGUACUGCAAAUGAAUCUCUUCUUCAUCCUGCAGAGAAUAUGUUGACAGACAAUCCAAAUUUCUUUCCCCCCUGGAUUCCUUCUUCAGGUUUAGAUAGAUAUCAUCCCUCAAGUCACACUGUUGAAGGGCCAAGUCACCAGCCAACCUCUUUUGGGCCCUCCCGUGAUCCAUAUCCACAUUCUUUUGCUUCUGGAAGCUUCUUUAUGGUCUCUGAAAAUCAUGGUCAUCAUACAUCUAAUCAUAGUGGACAAAUGUUUCAUGAGGGAGGAAGUACAAGUAGUUAUGGUGUAAGCUCAUUUGAUCUCUCCGUGUCUUCUGAGUUGAGGCGUGACAAACCAAAUGUAGAGCUCCAUCAUACUCCAUGGGAUAAUUUUACUUUCAGACCUAUAUGUACCGGAAAUAGUGUCACUACAAGUGAUGAAGAUUCUUUCACGAAUGUGAGAAGCGGGGCUGACCUUGUCUUGGGAACAAGCCUAGCCAGAACCCAUUUAUCAAACAACCCUUCCCAGCACUCUAUGUCAUCAGAACAAUUUGGUCAGAAUUCUGCUACUCCAGCAACGGAAUGGAACCAGACCAUUAUAUCUACUGCUCCUCAUGACACUACUAUAUUCAACCGCGAAACAAAUCGCUAUGUCAUGGAAGGCGGUUAUCCUAGUGCUCCACCUCACACUGGUGGAUAUGAUAUUGAUCUUGUAGCGCACAGAAAUACUGGGACUCCAGUUCCUCAACAGAGGCAAGGUACUCUACCUCAGCCUGUGCAAGGAAACCAAACCAGCUUCACUCACCAAUCUAUCCCAGCAUUUAGAUAUGCAAGGCCAUCUCCGGAUGAAGGAUGGCAUAACAGUAAUCAGAAUGGACAGACAAGGUUCUUGAGUGAAAGACGCCGACCACUAUCUUCUGAGGGUGGUUUCUACAAUCGAUUCGCACAGGGGCUUGCACUUGCGGAUCAGUCGAGGCUGUAUGGAUCUAGAACUUCUCUUGAUCAACAUAGGGACAUGAGACUCGACGUAGAUGAGAUGAGCUAUGAGGAACUUCUUGCUCUAGGGGAAAGAAUUGGGAGUGUAAACACGGGUUUGUCUGAGGAUUUGAUCAGGAUGUGUGUGACACAGUCUAUCUACUGUUCUUCGGACAUAACAGAAGAGGAAGGAAGCUGUGCAAUAUGUCUGGAAGAAUAUAAGAAUAUGGAUGAUGUUGGGAUGCUUAAAGCUUGUCUCCAUAACUUCCAUGUCGGUUGCAUCAGAAAAUGGUUGUUGCUAAAGAACAUCUGUCCAAUCUGCAAAUCUUCAGUGGUCGCUGAUCGUGUGAAGGAUAAAUAAAUUAUCUAGUAAAGUGCUUUUAUCUGAUGUGAUUAUAAAGAAUUUCCUCAAAAUUGAAGGAAUUUGGGUCCUGUUUACUCAGCUUUGUGUACUGUAAAUAUGGAGCGAACAGGUCCUUAUUUAGUCGAUCUAAAAGGUGCUGUGGCAAUUAGUUCCUCAAGCAAUAUAUAUAUAUAUAUAUAUAUGUUCAAGCUUGUUGGAAAAUCUGCCAUAUAUAUGUUUUAUGUUGGUUCACCUUGUUCUGUCGUAUAAAAUUAUUUUCUAA